UUUUUUGUAAAGCAGCAACAUGUCCUGGUAUUACACGCCCGUCCCCACUGUAGUUCCGGCCGCGGAAUUCGAUGCUUCAGCGGAUGCUAAUGCUCUGCGCGGGGCCAUGAAGGGCAUGGGAACGGACGAGCAAGCAAUCAUCGACACUCUUGCAGCACGCAGCAACGCCCAGCGGCAGCAAAUUUUAGAAACGUACGCCAGCGAACUCGGUCGCGAUUUAAUUGACGAUUUAAAAUCCGAACUGGGCGGCAAGUUCGAGGACGUCAUCGUUGGCUUGAUGAUGCCACCGGAAAAGUAUCUCUGCAAGCAGCUCCACAAGGCGAUGGACGGCAUCGGCACGGAUGAGGGUACGCUGAUCGAGGUUCUGGCACCGCAAACGAACGAAGAGGUGAAGAAAAUUGUCGAUUGCUACGAGCAAAUGUACGAUCGGCCGCUGGCGGAGCACCUUUGCUCAGAAACGUCCGGCAGCUUCCGGCGGCUGCUGACGAUGAUCAUCGUCGGAGCGCGGGCACCGCAGGGUACGGUCGAUGCCGACCUGGCCGUCGAGCAGGCCAACCAGCUGUACAGCGCGGGCGAGGGCAAGCUUGGUACGGAUGAGGAAGUGUUCUACAAGCUGCUGGCCCAUUGCAGCUUCGAUCAGCUAGAGAUCGUGUUCGAUGAGUACAAGAAGCUGUCGGGUCAAACGAUCGAGCAAGCGAUGAAACACGAGCUGAGUGGUGAAUUGUACGAUGCGCUGAGUGCGAUCGUGGAAUGCGUCCAGAUGGCACCGCACUUUUUUGCCAAACGGCUACAUAAGGCUAUGGAUGGGGUCGGUACGGACGAUGCGACGCUAAUCCGAAUCAUCGUUUCGCGCUCCGAGAUCGAUCUGCAGAACGUGAAGGAUGAGUAUGAGCAGAUGUACAACAAAACACUGCUCAGUGCCGUUCGGAACGAGUGUUCCGGUGACUACAAGCGUGCACUGUGCGCCCUAAUCGGUGGUGCCUAAAAAGCAUGUCGAAAAAACCUAAGUGUUACUGAUAAGAAAUAUUAACAUUUGCACACCCAUGAGUCAACGAAAAUAUUUACCGACACCCGAUAUGUACCGUUAAACAGCAGCAAAGCCGCUUUGCAUUGUGCAGGUGAAACACACACCUUUCGAGAAUCUCGACGAUUGGUCAGUGGCCUUUCAGUAGUUGUAGCUAUUUGCAUUCAAUGUGCGCGGCCCUCGUUCGGGUAGCCUUGCUGCGUAACGCAUUCGACACAGUAUUUUAAAACGCACUUAACCGUGAAUAAAAGCAUUUAAAAAUGUGGAAUCACAACAUGGAUAGACUGGGCAAUUUUCUUAAAAUCCAACUCAACUUUGCGUUCAAACUGAU